UUUGUCAGGCUGUCAGGCUGUCUAGUCACAGAGGAAGGCUGUGCUUCUCUGGUCUCAGCUCUGAGGUCAAACCCCUCACACCUGAGAGAGCUGGACCUGAGUAACAAUGACCUGAAGGAUUCAGGAGUGAAGCUGCUCUCUGCUGGACUGGGGAAUCCCCACUGUAAACUGGAGACUCUGAGGCUGUCACGCUGUCUAGUCACAGAGGAAGGCUGUGCUUCUCUGGUCUUAGCUCUGAGGUCAAACCCCUCACACCUGAGAGAGCUGGAUCUGAGCUACAAUCACCCAGGAGUCUCAGGAGUCAGACUGCUCUCUGCUAGACUGGAGGAUCCACACUGCAGACUGGAGAAACUCAAUGUGGAACAUGGUGGAGAGUACACAAUGAAACCUGGGCUGAGAAAAUAUGUCUGUGAUAUCACACUGGACCUAAACACAGUAAACAGACUCCUCUCUCUGUCUGAGGAGAACAGAAAGGUGACAUGUAGGAGAGAGAAGCAGCCGUAUCCUGAUCACCCAGAGAGAUUUGAGGGCUGGCAGCAGGUGCUGUGUAGAGAGGGUCUGACUGGGCGCUGUUACUGGGAGACAGAGUGGAGUGGGAGAUGGGCUGUUAUAGGAGUGACAUAUAAAGGAAUCAGCAGGAGAGGAGGGGGUGAUGACUGUUGUCUUGGAGACAAUGACAAGUCCUGGUGUCUGUUCUGCUCUGACAACAGUUACUCUGCCUGUCACAAUAAUAAUCACACUACUAUAGACGUCCCCUCCUCCAGCUCCCACAGAGUAGGAGUGUAUCUGGACUGGCCAGCCGGCACUCUGUCCUUCUAUAGAGCCUCCUCUGACACAUUGACCCACCUGUACACAUUCACCUCCACAUUCACUGAGCCCCUCUAUCCAGGGUUUUGGGUUGAUGAUGUUGACUCCUCAGUGUCACUGAAAUAAAAACCUGACAGACACACA